CGCAGUAGAAAUUAAUCCAUCACAAUUUUGAACAGUGUGACAACUCCCUCCCUGUAAUAAACUCUUUAUAAAAGCGACGUAAUAUUUCACUUCACUUCGAGAACGACUGAAAGAAUGCGUGAAAAACGACGGGACUCGCUCCUCAAACAGGAAGUGCGGUGCGCCCUUUCCUGACAACUGGCAGCAGCGCAACUAUUUCGCAAACUGUCUUUACAGAACAAAACAUACAAAGGUGUCGUUGCUGACGGAACGGAAAUAAUGGAGGUCGACUCAGUGUUCUACACUGACCGUAGCGGAAGGGUCACCAGUAACCCGCUGCUGGACCAGCUGCCCAGCUACCAGUCUCUGCUGUACCGUAGGAAGUCAUCAUCAGGUGCCUCGAAGAGAAGAAGCAGCUCCAGGGCUCGGCUAAGCUCCCACGGUAGUGGCAAAUGGACUGUGAGCACCUUCACAAACAGACAUGCCGAGAAACCGAUGGACGGCGAGCGUCCGAUCAGGGAACUUGCCAAGACCAUGGCUCAGAAAAGGAGGAACAAGACACAGCGUCAGGAAGAAGCUAAAGAGCUAAGCAGUUGGAGACAGUGGAGAAGGAACUCUCGCAGGUAUCUCCGAAGACUCAAGGAUGAUGCUCAGGAGUGGGUGAGCUCGAUCGAGCUCUGGAGAGGAGAUAUCCAUCUCAUUGAAGGGAUGUUUGGAACGGGAAUUCUGUCUUAUUUUUCAUUCCUGCGUUUCCUGGUCAUGCUUAAUUUGAUCAUCUUCACUUUGAUGUUUGGCUUUGUCAUGCUGCCCAUCAUCAUCGCCCCCCAUGCUUCGGGGAACAUCACAUAUAACAUAAAUGAUGGUGGCAUUUGUAGCGUGUACUCAGGCAGCGCUCGUCGAGGUCUUGUCCUCUUUCAUGAACACAUCACAGAUCUUCUCUCUGGUGGAGGCUUUUUGGAGCAGACAUAUUUAUUUUAUGGCUACUAUAGGGCUCACAAAGUCCACUUCCCAAACAUGUCCUACAACUUACCACUGGCCUACCUGCUGGUGACGGUAGCAUAUCUGUUCCUCAGUCUCUUCUGGAUUGUCAAAAGGUCUGCCUCCGGAUUUAAACGCAACUUAAUCCAGGAUGAAGACCGCUUUCAGAGCUUUUGCAACAAGAUCUUUGCUGGCUGGGACUUCUGCAUCACCAACCCGAACGCUGCCCGGCUGAAGAGAAGUAGCCUCCUCUACGAGCUCCGGACGGAUUUGGAGGAGGAAAGGAUCAAGCAGAAGAUUGCAGAUCGCACUCGCAAAGAGAAGUGUCGCAUUUACCUGAUCCGAUUCUUCCUUAAUAUUUUUGUCAUCGGCCUCUUGGCUGGAUGUUUUUACGCCAUCUAUUUGGCCACUAUCUUCUCCCAGGAAGCUCAGCUGAAAAAUGCCAAGGUGAAUUUCAUUGUUGACCUCAUCUGCGAAUAUCUGCCGUCGAUUGUGAUCACGCUGGCCAACUUUGUCACACCUCUGUUCGUCUCUGUUAUCAUCAACUACGAAGACUACUCGCCCGUCUUCGAGAUCCGUUUCACUCUGAUCAGGUGUGUCUUCAUGCGACUGAGCAGUAUUGCGGUGUUGCUCUUGUCUCUCUGGUCUCAGAUCACCAAAUGCAAAACAGAGCCGUGCGUCUGUGGCUACAACCACCUGCUCUACUCAUGUUGGGAAACACGCGUCGGCCAGGAAAUGUACAAACUCACCAUCUUUGAUUUCAUCAUCGUCGUCGCCACGACCAUAUUUGUGGAAUUUCCGCGCAAGUUGAUAGUGAAGUACUGCGACUGUGGCCUGGCCAAGUGGUGGGGUCAGCAGGAGUUUGCCAUUCCUCAGAAUGUUCUCGAGAUCGUCUACGGUCAGACCAUCUGCUGGAUAGGCACCUUCUACUCACCAAUGCUGCCAGCUAUCUGCACCAUCAAGUACUUCUUUGUCUUCUACAUCAAAAAGGUUUCACUGGUGAACAACUGUCGUCCAGCCACUCGUCCUUUCAGGGCCUCCAGCUCCAACUUCUUCUUCCUGGGAGUGCUGCUGAUCGGCCUGAUUCUCGCCAGCGUGCCGGUUAUAGUCAGCAUCGCACAAAUCAACUGCUCUCAGGCCUGCGGACCUUUUGUUAACUACACGACCUCGUGGGAGGUUCUGCCAAGGACCAUUGAAGAGUUACCCAGUGGAGUCCAGGGUUUCCUCUAUGCACUCUCCUCGGAGGCUUUUGCGGUGUCCCUCUUUGUUGUCACUUGUUUAGCCAUGUUCUACAUGAUAGCCCUGGCUGGUGCUCACAAGAAAGUUAUAAACCAACUGAGAGAACAACUAGCGAUGGAGGGCAAGGACAAGCAUUUCCUGAUCCAGAAGUUGUGCCAAGCUCAGCGGUUGUCACCGGUCCGGUCCCCUGGUUUCAAGCCUCAGGUCCGCACCAGCAGAAGCAGCCCCAGCUACCACACCAGCUUCGCCAACAACUUCACUGAUGAUUCAGUGUUCCUUGCUCACCCACCGCCAGACUCCUCCACUCACGUCUGACGCGUUUCACACCGAAGAACUGACACUGGUUUGGACAAGAAGGCUGCAGAAAAAUUACGACAGAUUCCAUUACUUUUUAGACAAUCACUGAUAGUGUUGUUGCAGGGUUUAAGGACCAAAACGUUUACUUUCAAUGGCUAUCAUUAUUUCCUUCUGAGAAGGACUUACUCUUUUAUCCACACUGUACUGUACUUUCUGACAUAUAUGCACUUUAAAUGCCUUUUUUUUUUCAGUUGUCCGCUCUCGUGUUUCCUAUGGGUUUUUAACUUCUAUUACUGUCUAUGACUAAAUAGGUUCAGGGGAUGGAUCAUGCUUUAUGUAAUAUACUUAAUGUUUUCGUAUUCUGUUGUUCUGAAAAGAAAAAUAAAUUCUCUUGUUGGCUGUGUAAUUUAAAA